AUGUCAGAUGAAGUGAUUUGGCAAAAUUUUUGUCAAAAUGAAUAUAAUGUCACUGGAUUUUGUAGUAGACAAUCUUGUCCAUUGGCAAAUAGUCAAUAUGCAACUGUUCGUGAAAUAAAUGGUACAAUUUAUUUAUAUACAAAAAUCGCUGAAAGAGCUCAUACUCCUGCAAAAAUAUGGCAAAAAACAAAACUUUUAAAAAAUUAUAAAAAAGCUUUAGAACAGAAUUUUUUAUAUCGAUAA